AUGACCAAGGGCGGCAGCGGUAAAUCAAAAACACUAGGUCGUCUGAUAUUUGGUGAAAAGCGAAAACAGCAUGUAUCACCAGCUCGACAUCGUUCAUCGACGCGACAUGCCAGUAGUACAGCUGACAUUCCAUCGUCAAACGUUACCACAACGAAUAAGAAUUCUAUCGAUCUGCAUGAUUGGGCUAUGUGGCGCAUGCAGUUGAAUGAACAGAUGGGCUCUAGUAUGAACGAACGACGAUCCGAUCUCAAGCAAAUGCGACAAUUUCUACAGUCAAAUCCAUUCUAUCAGCAACACAGUCGAGAUCUAUCCAAUGGCAGAUACAAUGGCGUUCGUUUGCUCUUCUCAAUCCCACACACUAAACUAAAACCCGAGUUUCUCAAUGAGAUACAAGAAACAGCUCCGAGAACGAAUGAGAUCGGUGAUGCGGUUGUGUAUGAACAGAAGAAGAUUCGUUCAAAUAGUGACGAUCGAACAACUACCAGUGUGAAUUCACUUUCAGCAAUACAACCAAUGAUCGUUGAUAAAGCAGUUAAUCAGUUGUUGCCUAAAGCAUGCGUAGGAAACACAGGUGGUUUUCUUCAAACAAAUGAACAGAUGAUUGCUAUGGAGGGCAUACGUACCCGUCGAACCACUCGAAGUUCAUUUACUGCAUCGGAUCGAAUCCAUGCGACAUUACAAAAAGCAGUCAAAGAUGGGAAUGUCCUCGAGAAAAUCAAAGCAUUUGAAAUGCAAGCUGCUGCUGCGGCACAAGCUGAAUCAAUUCCAAGAUUGAAUGGAAUCAACUAUCGCAUGCAAACACUUCAAGCCGUGGCUCAACGAACAUUAAGUCCAGCAACAAUACAUCCUAUUCAACAAGUCGUGUCUCCUAUUCAAAUCCAAGAGCAAUCUCUUUAUCCGAAUCAACAAUAUCGAGAUGAUUUACAUGGAUUAAUGCCUGGUCAUAAAUCUCGCAAAGGUGCACAUGUUCUCGAGCCAGCUCAUGGCGAUAUAAUUCUCAAACGGCGACCACCUUCACAGAAAGCUGGUAAUGAGGACGAAUAUUCGGGCAUAGCGAUUAGUUCCAUGGCACUAACAGCCUCUCAAGGACAGCAUCGUAAUCAUCAUCAUCACCGCCGAUCGAGUGUCUCGCGUUCUCGUCAUCGGCAAGAAAUAGCAUAUGACAAACGCACGUCUAGUCGUCAUGAAAGUCAUUCACGUCGACAUUCUUCUAAACAAAAAGGAACAAGCACACCAUCGGCUAAAUUAUCAACACGUCAUCGUUGGCUUAAAGGACGAAAAGAAACACCUGUUGAAACUCCUUCGCGUCAAGGUACUAAUCCCGACAUUGCAAAUAACCGAUCAAACAAAACGAAAAAGAAAACUGUUGAACACGAGAAAGUUUAUGUAAAGAAGGCAACAAAAACUGUUGAGAAAGAAAAGUCUCCUUCGGAUAAUAAUCGCGUCUAUGGCGUACCGAAUGCCAGCGUUAUUGAACAUGCCAAAAUCGAAGAACAGCUCGUACGAGAGCAUGUUGAUAGAACGAGUACCUUGAUAGCGAUUAAAGAUGACGAUACGAGCCAAAAUAGGGCAUGCGACAUCGUUAUUCAACAGCGACAUACGAAAAACCAUCAACAACAAAAAUUAUCUAGUACAGACGGAGAUAUUUUGAACAAAGUCGAUGAAAACCCUCGAUCUACACGUUCCAGUGGUUAUCGUCAUCAUCACUCUGAACACGAUGGUGACGGCAAGGAUGGUCACAGCACCGAUGACGAUGUUUUUAUUGAAGAUAAGGUAGUUAAACCCAGACCGAAUCUUACGCGUCAUCAAUCUACCAUCAAUACAUCGAAAGCCGACUCUCGUCGCCUUCAACAACAAUCAUCGAGCGGUUUUCGUCGACAUGCCAGUCAAUGUUCAGCGGAUGAUGCACCUUUAUUAAAUUCGAUGGAGCUUAAGAAACAAAAAUCACCGCUGACGUUAAUCACUCGCACGAAUCCGACGAAUUGCGAUGAAGCUAUGACCUAUGAAACUCCGCAGUCCGAACAAAUUCAACCGCCUGUAUGCAACACUCACACAAUGAAGAAGAAACGUCCAUUUCAUACAAUAAAUACUGCUGGAUGUAGUAUAGCAAAUAAUCAGCAGAUGAGCAAACAGAUACUUCAUGCAAUUAUGAAUUCAAUGAACCAUAAUCAAGAACCUUUAUCAAACACUCCACCGCCAAUACCAGCGUCUCCAACGUCUGUUAAUGAUGAUUUUUUUGAAAAUGGGCCUCUUACGAAUCCUGAAGAAACUAUUGCGAAUAUGACACCUUCUUCUUAA